AGUCAUGCUGAGUCCUCAGAGGAUCCAGCAGGAGCUUGAGCUCUGCCUGUGGACAAAUGCUGCAGAUGGUCUGUCUCUCAUUGGGCCGCUCGGCUGCCGGUUCUUCCUGCUGGAGCUGCUGUCUGUGCUGCCGAUGAGCGUCUGUUCCGCUCCUCCACAGCACACCACCGGACUGAAGGGGGAUCCCGCUUCUUCGCGUCAACUCUCUCAGCCAGGUUGCGGACAUGUGUCACUGAGCGCACGGCCAGGCGCGGGAGAACUAUCGCCACGCUGCUUUUCACCACCUCGUCAUGGGGGAUCAGGCCGGUGCAUCAUGGGAACUAAUCCGCAGGGGGUCAGACGCAACAUACGAGGACUGAAGGGUCGUCAUGGAGACUGGCAGCUACACCUCAAGCCCGGCCACCGCUGACUGGGUGGGAACGCCGGCAGCCCUGGAGGGUAUGGAGAUCCCUCGGGAUCACGGAGAAGAGGCGUCCCUCGUCAGCGCCGUGCCCUGGCACAUGCCGUACUCCCUGGGCUUCCAGGUGUCGCUCACAGCCUUCCUCAUGCUCGAGCUGGUGCUGGGCUUCAGCAGCAACCUCACGGUGCUGGUGCUCUACUGCUCGCAGUCUAAUUUGGUGGACUCGGUGAGCAACAUGGUGACGGUCAACCUGCACGUGCUGGACGUGGUGGUGUGCUUGCUCUGCGUGCCCCUCACUCUGGUGGUGGUGCUGCUGCCCCCGGGACCCAACCUGGCCUUGCUGUGCUGCUUCCACGAGGCUUGCGUCACGUUUGCCAGCAUCGCCACCGCCAUCAACAUCCUGGUCAUCAGCCUGGACCGCUAUGACAUCUCGGUGCGGCCGGCCAACAGGCUGCUGACGACGCGCAGGGCGGCGCUGCUCCUGGCCGCCGUCUGGGUCACCUCGGUCGCAGUGUUUUUCAUGCCGUUCCUGGAGGUCCAGUGGUCCGUGGCGGCAGAACCGGAGGAAACAAGCCAGGCGACCUCCUCGCUCGCCGUCCGUGGAACAGCUAGGCCGGCGUGGAGGAACAGAACUCUUCUGUGUGUCGGUGGCCAGGGCUAUUACACCGGUCUGGGGAUGUAUUACCAUCUCAUAUUACAGGUGCCCAUCUUCUUCACCACUGUGGCCGUCAUGCUGUUCACCUACUCCAGAAUACUGAGGGCUCUGAACAUCCGCAUCGGCUCCCACAUGAGGAAGAGUCAGCGGAGCAGGGGGCGCCACAAGAGACAGAAAGCGAGGAAGCCGGGACUCAGGAAGAAUGAGGACGAGGGAGGAGGGGAGCAGUGCACCACGGAUGGCACCAAACAGCUCAACCAUCCACCACUCAUUCCAUCCCUGUCUCCAACCCCGACGGCUACCUCUCCUCCAGCCCAGUCCUCUGCCGCUCCUCUCAUCGCCUCCGAGGCGGGCGCCGCCGCUCCCCUGCCAGCCACCAUGGGCGUCCAGGCCUCCGUCUCAGCGAUCAUAGCGCUGCGUCGGGCGGUGAGACGCCAUCGGGAUCGUCGCGAACGGCAGAGGCGGGUAUUCAAAAUGUCCCUCAUCAUCAUCACGACUUUCCUGGGCUGUUGGGCUCCUCUCUCCGUGACCAACAUACUGAUCCUAAGCAUGGGCCCCAGUGACAUCCUGGUCAGCCUACGCCUCUGGUUCCUGGCCCUUGCUUAUGGCACCACCGUCUCCCACCCCUUGCUCUAUGCCUUCACCCGGCAGAAACUGCGCCGUGCCCUUCGUGCCAAAGUUAAGAAGCGGGUGGUGUCUCUGCUCCAGGUGGACCCGUCCCCCGGGGCCACGGUGAUACACAACUCCUGGGUGGAGACCAGGAAAACCAGCCGACAGGUGCGGCUGGAAGCAAGCGAAGGCCCAGACCGCCACCUGGCCGAGGCCCUUUGAGGCUGAGACUCCUGGGUACAGCUGGGAUAAUUAAAGUCGCAGAAUAAGGUCGCAGGUGCAUUCCAUUAUGAAAUUCACUGAUGCGAGGAGCCGUCGACAGAAAUGUGAAAAGCACGUUUUUACCUCUGGGAGAGGUUUAACUGGAAGCACCAGCAGAGCCUGGUUAGACACAGAUCCGGUCACCUCAGGCAACAUUUGAAGUCACUGUUGUGCACACGACUUCCACUCGCACAAAUGAGCGGAUAUCAUUUGUAUCCUGUCGAGUACUGAGGGUUGUAUACAUAUGGAGAGGCUUUACAUAACUGUUCCCAAGAAUGCGUUUUUUUCCAGAGAAAGAUCUGAUCUCCCACUCAAAAGACCUUAUGUUCAUCCACUUUGAAUACAUAGAUAGUCUUCGAAUCCCAUAAAUACUAGCUCUGCUUUUAUUUUGCAGAGGAAACGUUUAGGAAGCCAGAAACACUGCCACAUAAAGCUGGGGUAAAGGAUUUAGAAAUGGUCAAUUGAUGAAGAUCACGUUAUGAGACAGCAAAAGUGUGAAUAAGCAAUGCAGCUUGGUUUUAGCCUACACAGGCACAUGUAACAGGUUCUUUAUGGGAAUUUGCAUCACCAUCUGAUAUUACUUCAAGUCCUUUUCUUUGUGGUUAAUUAUAUAAUUGGUGUUAUACGUUACUGGAACCUUAAGACUAUCUGAUCCCCGCUUCUCUUUUCUUUUCUUUAUGCUAACCAAUACAGUGCCUUGCACUUCCCAACAUUUUGUUGUUACAAACCCCAGUGCAUUUCACAGGGGUAUUAUGUGAUAGACCAACACAAAGUAGUGAAGUCUUUUUUUUUUUUUACAAUAAAAUCAAAAGUGUGGCAUUAAUAAGCUCUCAUCCCUUUUUAAUUCUGAGAAUCUAAAUAAGCUUGGAUGUCUUAGUCGCAAAUCAUAGUAGCACAUAUUUGAAUACAUACUUAAUUCACUGUAUAGAGACUUGCCAUAAAGUCAUAUUUAUUGUAUGUUUUUGUUUUUUUCUAAAUUCUAGUAAGUACACGAGUAAAGUUUUUAUUCAAAGACUAAAUUGUGACAAAAGAUGUCAACAUUUAAUCUGAGGAAACGAGUCAUACAAACCUGUAAAAUGGUUAGAAAUAGCAAAAACAAAAGUACCUUAGGUCAAUUUUCUAUUUAAAAGCAAUGGAGUUGAGAUCUCCUCAAACAAUAUUUAGAUCCUACUGAGUAGAUGUCUUAACUCAAUGGUGUGGUGCACUUUCAAAGGAACAUGUGUGUACAUGUUGUAAAUAUUAUCCAAUUGUGAUUUAUUUCACGUGAAAUCUUCAGUUAAAGCCAUUUACUCUGAAAGAGUUUUUAGGCUGACUUCUCUAGGUUAGAGUAUUUCAGUCGCCGCUGCCAUGCCAAGCAAACACGGGACAGCAACUGGCUGCUGUUCAAUGGGAUCAAUGGGACUACUGUUAACGUUAUUAAUAGGACAUGUGGUUGCUUUUGACUUUGUUCCUCCUUUGCGUGUGUGCUCACUGCUCUGAUGACGUACCCACCCUGGAGACAUGUGAGCUGUCACAAUGCAUUUUUGAAUGUAAACACACGGAAAAUGCAUAUUGUACCGUUUCACAGCAAGAAUAUGCUAUCUUUAUGUGUUCUCUAUGGUGUUGUUUGAUAGUAAAUGUAUCAGAAAACAGUGGAUUUCAUCAAUAAAUAUAUUUAGGAAAAACU